AUGCCAACGGCUUACGAGAUCCGCGCUGGGGGAGACGUCAAGAACAAGAAGCAAUCCAUGGCAGAUCUGAAGCUCCGUCGCCUGAAUGAGCUCAACUCGCGGCUGAGAGAAGACUUGGAGCGACCCCGGAUCAAGGUGUCAGAAGCCUCAAUGUCAUUAAUACAAUACUGCACAAACACAAAGGAUUUCAUGGUCCCCUCCAUGUGGGGCUCGGUCGACAAGCGCGAAGAUCCAUAUGCACCACAACAAUCAAAAGGCUGUUGCACGAUCAUGUGA